AAUUGCUUUCUUCUCUCCGGAGAAGAAGAACAAGAGGAAAAGUCAACCAGUGUAGUGGUUGCUGCACGAUGUCCUUGUUGGCUUGAAUUUGGGAAUAAAACAAAUUAAAAACGGACCUAUUUUUAGUGGAACUGUCUAUUUUCUAAAUUCCCGAUUUAUCUGUCAACGUAGAAGCUGUGCAUCAUGCCUCUUCAUAAAUUCCCCCCAAAAUUGUGGGAGGCUAUGAAGCUGAAGCAGGGCAUCUACGCCCGUCUCCCCAAACACUAUCUGAAGUCCCUGGAACCGAAAGAGCCCACACCGGUUCACUGGAGGCCCCUGGGAGUCCAGCACAGAAUAAGCCCCAAGACCGGGGUGAAAGAGCGGGUGCAGGACGUCCCCAUUCCCAUCUACUACCCCCCGGAGUCCCAAGAUGGCCUGUGGGGCGGAGAGGGCUGGAUAAGCGGCUUCAGAUAUGCCAACAAUGACAAAAUGUCCAACCGCCUGAAGAAGGUUUGGAAGCCACAGGUGCUGAGGAGAGAAUUGUACAGCGAGAUCCUGGAUCACAAGUUCACCAUCGAUGUGACGCCUCGCACUCUGGACCUCAUCGACGCUGCCUUCGGCUUUGACUUUUAUAUCCUGAAAACACCGAAGGAGGACCUGAACUCUACUCUGGGGAUGAACCUGAAGAGGGCGAUGCUGCUCCGCCUGGCUCGCAGAGACACCAAGCUUUACCCCGACGACCCGGUCAAGAGGGAGACCAUUUACAACAAAUACAAGCAGUUUGAGAUCCCAGAGGAAGAGGCGGAGUGGGUGGGUCUGACCCUGGAAGAGGCCGUGGAGAAACAGAGGCUGCUGGAGCACAAGGAGCCGGAGCCUCAGUUUAAGGUCUUGGUGGAGAAGCUCGUGCAGGAGCUUGAGAUCAAGAAACUUUUAGAGCCGCAUGUCGCAGAGAGGAGUUGAGUCAUCUGAACUGGACGGAGACUGGACCCUGAAGUAGGCCGAGCCAUCAGGACGCCAAAGACGGCGAUGGGAGACGCGACGCUUCGGCAGUGAAAGCAAGCAGAGGAAUCACAAACGAUAAAGCCCCGAGGGAAUAAUGUCUAUUUAUUUCAGUCAUGUUUCAAAAGACUGGCAUAAAAUACUUCAGGGAUCGCGGAAAGAAACGCUGUAAAUACUCCCAACCAGCAGAGGCGUAUGACCACAGAUGUAUAUCUUAUUAAAUAAAGUCACUUUUUUAUUAGAA